AUGUCGGUCGUCGAAUACCCCCUGCGCGUUCUGCUCAUUGGCAAUGGCGGCCGCGAGAAUGCCAUUGCUUGGAAGCUCAGCCAGUCGUCCAAUGUCGAGUCCAUCCUAGUUGUGCCCGGCAAUGGAGGCACGGCCACGACCCCCAAGACCAAGAACGUCGACUCGGUCUCUCCCGAGGACUUUCCCGCCCUUCUCGAGCUCGCCAAGAAGGAGAAUGUCAACUUUGUCGUUCCCGGUCCCGAGGCCCCAUUAGUCGCUGGUGCCGUCGAUUUCUUCUCCAAGGCCGGUAUCCCCAGCUUUGGUCCUUCCAAGGCGGCUGCCCGCAUGGAAGGUAGCAAGACCUUUUCCAAGGAUUUCAUGAAGAAGUGGGGUAUCCCGACUGCCGCUUUCGAGAACUUUGACGACUACGAAAAGGCAAAGCAGUACCUCGACUCUGUCAACCACGACGUGGUCAUCAAGGCCGAUGGUUUGGCUGCAGGAAAGGGUGUCAUAAUCCCCACCACAAAAGAGGAGGCACACCAGGCGCUCAAGGAUAUCAUGCUGACCAAGGAGUUUGGCUCGGCUGGCGACGAGGUUGUCAUUGAAGAGUUCCUGGCUGGUGACGAGCUGAGUGUCUUGACCUUUUGCGAUGGCUCUCGCAUCAAAUCUUUCCCUCCGGCCCAGGACCACAAGCGGGUCGGCGAGGGUGACACUGGCCUCAACACUGGAGGAAUGGGCUGCUAUGCGCCCACCAACAUUGCCACCCCUGAACUCAUUGCCGAGAUGGACCGCAUCAUUCAGUCCACCAUUGACGGCCUGCGAAAAGACAACCUGACAUUCAAGGGUAUCCUCUUUACCGGUUUCAUGAUUACCGCCAACGGCCCCAAGGUUCUCGAGUACAAUGUGCGAUUCGGCGACCCGGAGGUGCAGACCGUCAUGCCCCUUCUCUCUCAAGAUACUGAUCUCGCCCUGAUCAUGGAGGCUUGUGUCAACGGAAACCUAGACAGAAAUGGCCUGGUCUUCAAUGUGGAAAACAAGUUUAGCACCACCAUUGUUGUCGCCGCUGGAGGUUACCCCGAAGCAUACGGCAAGGGUGACGAAAUGACCAUUCGCGAUCCUCCUGCUGGAACCUACAUUUUCCAUGCAGGCACCAAGCUGCAAAACGGCAAGAUUGUUACUGCGGGCGGCCGUGUGAUUGCAGCAACCGCUACUGGAGAAAGCCUCCGGGCCGCCGUCGACAAGGCCUACGAGGGUGUCAAGCUCAUCGAGUUCAACAAGAUGUACUUCCGCCGGGAUAUUGCCCACCGCGCUUUCCGACCUACCUCGGACACAAAAAAGGCACUCACAUAUGCACAGGCUGGUGUCAGCAUAGAGGCUGGCAACCAGUUUGUUGAGCGCAUCAAGAAGGCCGUCCGCUCCACUGCCAUUCCCGGCGCUGAUGCAGAGAUUGGUGGUUUUGGUGGCGAGGUUGAUCUGACUGGAGCUGGUUUCCAAGCUCCUGGUCUCACUCUGGUCGGUGCCAUUGACGGUGUUGGUACCAAGCUCAUGAUUGCCCAACAAACCAAGAAGCACGAUACUGUCGGUAUCGACCUCGUGGCCAUGAACGUCAACGACUUGGUCGUUCAGGGCGCCAAGCCCCUCAUGUUCCUCGACUACAUUGGCUGCAGCAAGCUUGACCCCGAGGCUUCUGCUGCUUUCGUCGAGGGUGUUUGUGCCGGCUGUAUCCAGGCUGGAUGUGCUCUUGUUGGUGGUGAGACUGCCGAGAUGCCGGGCAUGUAUCAGGGUGACGACUACGAUGCUGCUGGCUGUGCCGUCGGUCUCCUAGAGUCGAACAACCGUCUUCCCCGUCUGGACGACAUGCGCGAGGGUGAUGUGCUCAUUGGUCUUGCCUCGGCUGGCGUCCACUCCAAUGGCUUCUCCCUAGUUCGCCGCAUCCUCAAGGAGGAGAACCUCGACUAUUCGGCCACCGCCCCUUGGGAGAGCAGCGGCGUCACUGUCGGAGAAUCUCUCCUGACCCCCACCAGAAUCUACGUCAAGUCGCUGUUGCAGGUAGUCUCCAAGCUCAAGGGCCUGUCGCACAUCACUGGAGGUGGCCUGACAGAGAACGUGCCGCGAGCACUGCCCAAGACACUCGCGGCCGAGAUUGACGUGGCCACCUGGCAGCUGCCGCCAGUCUUCAAGUGGUUGAAGAAGGCAGGUAACGUUGACGCCUCGGAAAUGGCACGAGCCUUCAACACGGGUGUUGGCAUGAUUGCCAUUGUCGCCCCGUCAGAGGUGGACGAGGUGGUUCGCGUCUUGAAGGAGGCUGGCGAGACUGUCUACACGGUCGGCAAGCUGGUGUCCCGCUCGAGCGGAGAGGGUUGUAUUCUGAAGAACCUGGAGUCGUGGAAUUAA